CGGUUGGCCACGAUUCUUGAGCAUCAGAAAUGGUUCAAAUUUGUUUUUGUAGCUUCAUAUAAAAGCUUUGGGCAGCCCGGUUGAAGGUGUCAGUUACGUGUUUUUUGCCUUGCAGGAAAAAUGUUGAAGACAGUGAUCACCCUCACGCUCCUCGCCGCCUCCUCGCUGGCCGCUCCCCAGCGGUUCGGCGGUGGCCGAAGCUCGAGCGGUGACGACAAAUCGGCCUCCAUCCUGGUCGACGAGUUUGUGCUGAACCCCGAAGGCACCUACGUGUACAAGUACGAAACCAGCAACGGAAUCAGUGCGUCCCAAACGGGCGGCGAAAAUGGCCUGUACGCGAACGGAUACUUCUCGUACCUGGACCCCGAGGGUCAACGCGUCGAGCUGACCUAUCUGGCCGACGAGUACGGCUUCCAGCCCCAGGGAUCGCAUCUGCCGGUGGAACCCCCGGCGCCGGACCAUGUCAUCAAGACGCUGGAGGAGAUCCGCGCGGCGGCUGGUCCCGACUCGGAGCUGGACAUUCCGAUGCUUGAGGCCACCAUUGCCCGGUUGAAGGCUACUCAGGGUUAGAUGGACGAGAGCGGUGCAUUGCAGAACAUGACGAUGAAUGCGAGUGAGGAAAUCUUUUCCGGUGAAACUGAAUGCUUCUAAAUAUAAGAGAACUUAUUAAAUAAGGCUA